AUGCCGACCAAGGAGAUCUCGCCUGGCGCGGGCGUCCUCGUGAACUCAUGUCGCGCGCUCGAAGGCGAGUUCAUAGACGUCGUUGCAGGCGACCUGGCCGCAGACGGCAAGAAGUACUUCGCCGUUGGGCCCAUAAACCCACUGCUCGACCUCCGCGCAAACGCCCAGAAGCAGAGCAAGCCGCGGCACGAGUGCCUGGACUGGCUGGACAAGCAGCCUCCGGCUUCGAUCGCAGAGCUUGCAGCGGCACUGCGCGACAGCGACCAGCGGUUCAUCUGGGUGCUGCGCGACGCAGACCGCGGCAACGAAUCGGCGGACGACGACGAGAGCCAGAACAGACACGCGGAGCUGCUGUCCAAGUUCACCCAUCAGACCGAAUGGAGGGGCAGGUUGAUCACCGGGUGGGCGCCGCAGCUGGAGAUCCUGCCGCACGGCGCCACGGCGGCCUUCAUGAGCCACUGCGGCUGGAACUCGACUAUGGAGAGCCUGAGCAACGGGAAGCCGAUCCUUGCCUGGCCCAUGCACUCCGACCAAAUGUGGGAUGCGGAGCUGGUGUGCAAGUAUCUCAACGCCGGCAUCCUUGUGCGCCCCUGGGAGAAGCACGGCGAGGUGAUUCCGGCGGAGGCCAUCAGACAAGUAAUCGAGGAUGCCAUGCUUUCUGACCAAGGACUGGCAGUGCGGCAGCGAGGGAAGGUGCUCGGAGAGGCCGUCCAUGCCUGCCUGGAUGUCGGCGGCUCAUCGCGCAAAGACCUUGAUGAUUUCAUUGCUCAUAUCACAAAGUAA